GAGUCACAGUCACAGUGAUAGCCAAGAAUAAAUCGUCGCUUCUCCAGCGGAUUGCACUGCACACAGUGAUCGAGAGCUUCAACAAGAUGGAGAAACCGGAAGCGUCGCCCCUGCCGGCGGUGGGUGUGGGGGUGUUCAUCCUGAAGGGCACAUCCGUGCUCUUAGGCCGGCGGCUCACCACUGUCGGCAACUCCACUUUUGCUCUGCCCGGUGGUCACCUCGAAUUUGGCGAGAGCUUCGAGGAAUGUGCAAUCAGAGAAGUGAAAGAGGAAACGGGAAUGGAGAUAGCGAAAACGGAGUUUCUAACAGUGACGAACAACAUACUGCUGGAGGAUCCAAAGCCGUGCCACUUCGUCACCAUCUUCAUGCGAGCCCGAACCGGCGAAUGCAGAGAAGAGCCGAAGAACAUGGAGCCAAACAAGUGUGAGGGAUGGGACUGGUACGAAUGGGAGAAUCUUCCGAAACCACUGUUUGGGCCAUUGGAAAAAUUGGUCAGUGAAGGCUUCAAGCCCUUUCCUCUUCCCUGAUUUUUCCCUGUUAGCGUUAUUGAUGGGAAUCACUGGGUUAUCUUUCAUUUCUCUGUUUCCAAAGACCUAACUGCUAAUUGCUGCCUUACUUGAUGGUGUCAACGAAGAAUUUUUGCAUAUUUUGAUUUGGUUUUUUGGUUC